AUGAUGAAUCUUCAAAGAGUGUUGGUUUUUACUUGGUUUUUGCUGUUGAGUGGGAUAGUAGCACAGAUUGGCGGCCUAGGCAUUAUUGAUACCUCAGGGAAUGACCCAAUAUUACCUAUAACGACUUGUCCAAAGGAAUAUUGUAUGGACAAACCCGAAUGUUUGAUUAACAUAAGACGUUUACGUGCCUGUGCAUCUUCUACCAGUCUUAUUACAACCGCUUCAUGUGGUUGUUCUUUCAAGAUUGACCAAGGGUUACCACCUACGAGUUGUCCAAAGGAAUAUUGUAUGGACAAGCCCGAAUGUUGGAUCAACAUACCAAGUUCACGUCCUUGUGUAUCACUGACCAGACCUAUCACAGCCGCUUCAUGUCGUUGUUCUUUCAGUGAAUCUGAGUGGCCAUUCCGUGGUGGCAAAUAGGACGCGAAGAUGACAUACAGUUUAACGUUUAGACUCUGAAAAGAAAAUGUAUAAAAUUCUAUUCUUAAAGUGACAAUUCUA